AUGGCUGGGAUGGCAAGCGCACCACUAUCCAUGCAGGAGAAGUCACCAUGGCACUCUCCUGUGCCCUACUUAUUCGGAGGUCUUGCUGCGAUGUUAGGUCUUAUCGCCUUCGCCCUUUUCAUUCUAGCUUGCUCUUACUGGAAGCUCUCGAGUCGUCUCAGCAACGGCGAUGAGACGCCGGGGAGCGACCUCGAAGCCGGUGAGGAGCCAGCCGGAAACGUGAAAGCACAAGUGUUUGAUGAAAAGUGUCUGGUUAUCAUGGCGGGACAAGAAAAACCUACUUAUUUGGCUACGCCUAUGUGGAGUAGAGCCACUUCAUUUGAUAGCAACACUAGUUGUAGCACUGAUUACUGA